AUGUUGCAGUUGCAUCGUAUCUGUAGCGAUUUACAAAUUGACACUGCAGCGCAGCAAUUGUUAUUAUCUCCUACUAAUAUGAAAGUAAACGUUGCGGCACAGCGGUUGCCAUUAUCUUCUCUGCAAACGCAAGUUGUAACACAACAGUUACCAUCAUGUUCUAAGCUACCAGUGAACGUUCCUUCACAACGUUUGCCAUCAUCCUCUGCUGUUCAGUCUAGCGUUACGGCACAGCAAUUGCUACUACCUUCUAAUCAACACGAGAAAAUUCCGCUACAGCAGUUGCCUUUAUCUUCUAAUUUACAUGAAAAAAAAGAAACUCAGUCGUUAUCAUUGCCUUCUACAAAAUCUUUGCAAGGAACCGAUGAAUUUCAGCAGAAUUUAUCAUUUAUUCAUAAAAUUCGACUGUUACAUGAUCAAGCAACACAUUAUGCUAGAUUAGCACAAGAUGCUUGGGAAGAAGCUAGAGCGAUUGCUUCUUCUUUAAAUAUGCCACCGCCAUCACUACCAGAUGCGGUCGAUUUAAUGACACAUAAUUACUUGAAAUACCGAAAGCAAUGGAAUUCACUGAAAACAGUUGAAGAACGAGAAAAUAUUACACCAAAUUUAUCACAAGCUGGUAAUCUAGAAAAUCCCGUAUCACCAUCUCGCUUUCAAUCGAUUUCCAAAUGGGUGAAGCCAACAAGAAGCACUAGUUCUGUACUGGAUCCCAAUUUCAAUAAAUUACCCACAAAAAUAUCCCGAAUAGAGGAAGAUUUCUGCAGGAACGCUGAUGCAAAAUUAAUGAUAAAUUUAGCUGAAGAAAUGAUCGAUCAGCAGUUACCAACGACAUCGUUGCAACGAACCAACCCUAUGGAAGGAUUACACCUGCCUCACAGGCAGCAAAUACCUGGUGAAUUAAUAAAUCCGAACCUGUCAGACAUCAGACGCAGUUACAAUCUACAGCGUAUGCAACAACGAUUAAACGCUGCCCUUGCAGUUGGGAAAAAAGUAAAACGAAGUCAAAGAAAAUAA